GCAUUGGCUGAGAGAGAGCGAGCAUUAUAGCUGCUCCUGCUUGAUAAGGAAAGGAAGAGGAGAGGGCGCUGGACGUCAUGGCAUCCAAAGACACCGUCGCGACUGCUUUUCUCACCGUGAGUCGGGAAAUGACAGAGAGCAUCAGACGAGUUAUCGACAAGACAUCAAUCAAGUUGGUGAGCGCUAUCAAAGUAGAGAACAAGAGUGGCAAAUCAGAAGAUCGGAUUCUGGUUUUGGCAACAUGGCGGCUGUACCUCAUGGCCCCCAAGAUACCAACCAAGGUGGAACAAACGUUCAACUUCCUGGAGAUUCGGGCAAUGAACACCCACCCGGAUAAUCAAGUUGUCAUAGAAACAGACAAGUCCACAUAUUCCCUGAGGCUGCAGUCUAAUGACCACCUAGAUCAGCUGAUUAGCCACAUCAACUUUGCUCUCUCUCGGAUCUUCAACAACUCCAUCUAUACCCCCUCCAUCUUUCAUGCAGAUGGAGAUGUUACUGACGGAAAUCUGAAAUUUUCUCCCAGCUCUGAGAGUUCGGUGGAAACGCAAAGGGCAUGUGGGGGCUUUUCUGAGACAUAUGCAGCUCUGUGUGAUUACAAUAGGAUCACCUGUAAAGAGGAAGUGCAGUGGGAUGUGGAUACCAUCUAUCAUUCGCAGGACAACAGGGAGUUUAACCUGUUGGACUUCAGUCACCUGGAAAGCGGGGACCUUGCGGUGAUUGUGGCAGCCAUGGCGUAUAACUCAUGGUUCACCAAACUCUAUUGCAAAGACUUGCACAUUAGUUCAGAGGUCGUAGAACAGAUUCUGCACACUGUCAGUAAAUCCAGCAGUCUGGAGGAGCUCACGCUAGAAAACGUGGGCCUUAAAGCAGAUUUCCCACAGAAAAUGGCCACUGCCCUGUCAGAAAACCCAGCAUCAGUCAUACACUCCAUUAACUUGGCCCACAAUACAUUGGACAACCAAGGGGUGUCUAACCUUAUCCAGCAGGUGUGUCGGCUCAGUAAAGGCUUGCGUCUACUUAACCUCUCCAAGACGUCGCUCUCUUCAAAGGGUGUCACGUCUCUUUCUCAGGCCCUGUGCUCCAGUGAUGACUACUCCAACUCUCUUCUUCAUCUGGACCUGAGUAAGAACCCAGGGAUUCUGUCUGGAGAGGAUGCAACGAAUCUGUACCUGUUCCUGGCACAGCCGAACUGCCUGGUGCAUUUGGACCUGUCAGGCACUGACUGUACCGUAGACUCUACCAGCUUGGACUUGUUAGUAAGCAUAAAAGAUCAACUUGUACCAGCUGGAUUCAGCUACCAUCAGAGGAAAGUGAGAGAGACACUUCCUUCCUUCCGUCAGUUCUUCAGUUCAGCAUUCAGCCUCACUCACAUCAGUCUGGCGUCUAUGAAGAUGCCUCCCGACGUGCUGAGGGCUCUGUUCCUUGGGCUUUCAUCCAAUCCUCACAUCACUGACCUACACCUGGACAUCAGCGGCUGUGAGCUCAGGUCUGCUGGAGCAGGGAUAAUACAGGACCUGUUCCCUAGAGUCUCCUGCAUCAGCACACUGGACAUCUCAGACAACGGGCUGGAUGCUGAUCUCCUCUGUGUCAUUCCUGCCUUCUCCAGACACCCGUCCCUCAAACACCUGCUGCUGGGCAAGAACUUUAACAUCAAGGGCAGGGUUCUGGAUGAGGUUCUGCAGAAACUAGUGCAUCUUGUGCAGGAGGAAGAGUGUGCCCUGCAGAGCUUGUCUCUGGCUGACUCCAGGCUGCGUUCGAGGGGCACGGUGCUUGUGAAUGCCCUCGGCAGCAACGCCUGCCUGAAGAAGGUGGAUUUGAGUGGGAAUGGGCUCUAUGACACAGGAGCGAGGAUGCUUAGUAAAGCUCUGCAGAUCAACACUACACUUAGGAGUGUGACGUGGGAUCGGAAUAACACAAAUGCUACGGGUUUCCAAGAUGUGGCUCGAGCUCUUGAACAUAACUUCACUCUGCAGUACAUGCCUAUCCCACUCAGUGAUGUCACACAAGCAUACCGUAGCGCCCCUGAAAGGACAGAACAGGCACUAACCAAGAUCCAGCGAGCUUUGUUAAGGAAUAACCAGACUCAGCGUUUCUCUCAGAAACAGGCGCUUCGGUUGCAUCAGGGCUUGGUCACUAGUACCGCAGAACAGGUGAUGGAGCGUCUGUGUGUGCGCGUGCAGCAGCAGGUGUGUGUGUUGAGAGGAACAGGUGAAGGGGAAGAGCUACAGGCUGCCAGACAGGUCCUCAAGGAAGCCAGGAACUCUCGAGCUCUGUACCCCUCGCUGUGUGAACUGGCCCACGUGCUGUCAGUGGACGGUCCGGUGAGACAGAGGCUGGACUCUCUGGCUGGAGAACUCGCCAAAGCAGCUGAUAAAGAACUACAGGUCAUUGUGGACUCCAUGGUGUCUCUGUGCCGGGAGCUGUGUCCGCUUUCUUGUGCCGCAGCAGAGUGUCUCUCUCCUCCCCUCUCCUCCAUCUCUGAGCGAGUGUCCAUCCCUCGUUCGUCCAUCCGCACUGCUCUGAUGGAGAGAGCAGCUCAGGACAUCAACAGAGCUCUGGAGGAGGUCAAGCUGUCUGUGGUCUCAUAUCUCACUAACUCCAUAGUGGACCAGAUCCUACAGGAGCUUUAUGCCACACACAAAACCCUGCUCCGGCAGGUUUCACAGAUGAGACGGCUGGAAGACGGGGGAACAGCCAGGCGCACACACAGACAUGCUGACAUACUAGAUGUUGUGGAGGAUGACUUUGGCAUCAGCAUAGACACAAUCGCCAUUAAAAAACGCAGCUCCAGGACCAGACGCAUUCGUCCCGUGUCCAACAGACUCAGUUUAGGUGACGACCCCAACUCUUCACCUUUAGUGUCCACUCCUCAGAUAUCUGCUCCCCUUUCACGCUCAGCAUCAUGGGAAGGUCUGUCCACCCUGCCCACACAAGGUUCACCUCUGCGUCAUGUGACCCACGUCAGACCGCGUCCACCACGAAGGCACAGGACUGCACACGCUCCCUUUGAGACACACUGCUUGGAGAAUGGCGGAGUAUCUCUAUUGGAUGAUGGACUGCCUGACUUCUACACCAAGAGAGUUUUACCAGACAGUCAGCUGUCAUCCCACCAUCACGCUCAGGCUCUCAGGAGGAAGAAAAGACGCAGUGUGCUGUCAAUUUUUUCUGGAUUCAGGAAGAACCGAAACUCUACCAUAUCAUAUCAGGAGUCAGACCCUGCAGGAAGGGGCGGGGCCUGUGGGGAGGAAUGUAGCACUAAAUGCUCUCUCAGUAUUGCCACUGAGAAUGUGUACUCCUUGAUUCAACACCCAAAGGAUCGUGGGAGGUUAGACCUAGGCACUGAGGGCACCAAUGGGAGACUGGUAGGGCCGGGUGUUCAGAGGACCCCUCAGCUCUCAAGAAGGCCCGUUCAGGGUAUACCCCUGCCGGGAAUUAUGGGAAUUAGCCCCUCUUGCUUCUCACAGAGACAGUCGCCUGACUACAGUGAGGUGUUCGGCUCAUCAGAAGAGAUUGGAUACGGAGAGCAUGAGAUGGACCGGCAUUCAGAUAUCGUUGCUAAAAGGCACACACCAUCUAUAGACAGAGAGUCAGAAUCAGGAAGACAGGAAUCACAGUCAGACAGCCAGAAAAAGGCAGACAGUAUAAUGAACCCUCAGCUGCUGGAAACCAGAAAAAGACCCGAACCGCCACCUCAGAGUACCAAGCCGAGCUUGGCUAAGACACGGCAGCGCCAUCUGGAGGAGAGCUCUGAUAAAUCUACUGAAGAUUCUGGAGAACUGAGGGAGAAGGAUGAGGAAAAAGAAGACAGGAGAUGUGGAGAAGACCAAAAACCAGAAGGACAGACUCCACCCAUCCCUGAAAAGCCAUGCUAUUAUUCACCUCACACGUCUCCCAUUGGCUACUCACCACAAGACGUGGCCAAUGAGAAUCAGCCACCAGCUGCUCCGCCCACCUCUGCUAAGCCUGUGUUUCAUUCUGCUUCAGUAGAUUCAGCAUUGCUUCAAGGUGAUGAAGUCAAAAGCAGCCCUGGAGGUCCCAUGAAACCACAUCGAAACAGGAAAGCAAACUCGUGUGACACAGGAAUGGAGCAGGAUGCCCACUGUGAUCUGGAGAGAUCCUCAGAUCGCAAACCCCCUGUGAAAAAACCUAGACUCCCUCUGAAACGAAAUAAGUCCUUGGAUUUCCCUGGUCAUCAGAGUUCGGAGCCAAGCAAUGCUGAAGCAUCAUGACAACCAUUUGAGCCAAAGCUCUGUGAAAGCAGAGAGUCAUUGUGAUGCUGAGAGGAGAGAGAGGGAGAGAUAUGAUCAGAUGAAUUUGCACCUUGAUGAAUUCAUAAAGACUCUUGCUUUCGGCUCUCAGACAAUUUCAUAGUCAUUUUACACACACAUAUUCAGCAUAUUCUUGCUUACUCAAGUGAGUUGUUUUGCAUCCCCUCCUGCUUUUACUUAACCAUCAUUCUCAACCUUCUGCACUUAACUACGAUUCCUUUAUUUCACUCUCUCUCCGUCUCUCUCCCUCUGAGUUUUCUGACAAUCUUUGACAUAAAGGAACUUUUUGCUAUUUAUCUUUAAAAUCAUAGAAUGAUAUUUUGUAAAGUAUAAUAUAUAAACAGAACCAAUAUUUGCACUAAUCAUUGCUUGAAUUCUCGUUCGGUUCAGUGGAUGUACCUCUCCCUCUUAUGUCCGGCAUUACCCACGUGAAGUUUUGUAGUGUGCGACUAACUUAUUCUUAUCAUUUUCUGUCUACUCGAUCAAUAUCAUUAGCAGUAUUACUGUUGUCUUAAUCAGGCAUUGUUUAUGCAACUGGAUAAAUGUUUAAGAGUUUGCUGGCCCUAAAUGAGCU